UACCUAGCCCCCCAGACGCUGUCACCAUGGAACUCCUCCCGGAUAUGACAGUGAACCUGCAGUGGAAGUGCCCCAAAUACCCCAACGGAGAAAUACUGAAAUAUGGACUGAAGUACCAUUUAGCCAACGAGACGGACGGAUAUCUCUCCAUUGACAUCCCGGAAAGUCAGCAUUCGUAUAACAUCGGCAGCCUGUUGCCCAACGCCGACUACAAGUUCUAUUUGUGGGCAUCAACAAAAGUGGGGCCUGGGGAGUCCUAUAUCUUUGAGGGGAGCACAGUGCCAGAAUCAGUGCUGCUGUCCUUUGAGAAUAUCACCACUGACGUGGGGGAGAACUACACCAUCAUCAGGUGGCUUCCACAAGUAAAACGACGAGAUGUAGAGUUUUCAGUCGACGUUAUGGAGAAGACCGACUCCGCGCAGCAGGCGGGCUUCGCUUCACAAGGUUGGUUCAUCGGCUUUGUCAGUGCCAUCGUCCUCCUGAUCCUGGUCCUGGUGCUCCUCUGCUUCAUCAAGCGCAGCAAGGGUGGCAAGUACUCGGUUAAAGACAAGGAAGAUACGCAGGUGGAUUCUGAGGCCCGGCCAAUGAAGGAUGAGACUUUCGGGGAAUACAGAUCCUUGGAGAGUUCAUCCAUGCUUAGAAUUAGUGACAAUGAAGAGAAGCCCUUCACAAGCAGCCAGCCCUCUUUGAACGGCGACAUCAAAGCCCUCGGAAGCGACGACAGCCUGGCGGACUACGGGGGAAGUGUGGACGUCCAGUUCAACGAGGACGGCUCCUUCAUCGGCCAGUACAGCGGUCAGAAAAGCAAAGAAGGAGGUGGAAACGACAGCUCGGGCGCUACCAGCCCCACUAAUGUGGCUGCAGCCCUGGAGUAAGAGGGGGCGUUUCCACAAAGUAUGCCCCCCCAAUCCGGGGGGAAGAGGAUUUCCCUCUGGAUUAUUUGGGGGAGCAAAGACGUAAAAAAAACCCCAACCCCCAACAAGGGAAACGAAACAACUUCCUCAUUCGAAAAAUCAUCUCCCUUAAACAGAAACGGUAAAUGGGGUGGACUCACCCCUUUGUUUACUAAUCAACCCCUCCUCCAAAAAUCAGGGAGGGUCAGAAAAUCAGGGGAUCCCCCCCCCCAAAAUUAUCCACCCUACCCGAGAAAAGUCAAUCUCUCAUUUCCGCCCUUCCCCACCCCAAAAAAAGAUGUCCUCAGCCAAAAUAUGUAUGUGUGCGGCGAGGAAGGAGGAG